AUGCUUCUCUCAACAGCUUUUGCAGUGAUUCUGGAGGUGUUCUUACGAAAGUCCAAGGCAGAUGGCGGCAUCAUAUUUACCUGGAGUGUUGUUGAGAUGUCCUUUGGCGAAGCUUUCCCAUAUUUGUACCUGCCUACAAUCAUCGCUGUGCUGUAUAGCAUCUUCUGGAGCUGGAUUGACUUGGAUGCGAAACGCUUCGAACCCUUCCAUCAACUAUCGAAACUUGGAGGGGCGAGCGGCAAAAAUUCUCUUUUGUUGCAAUACCCAUUCGACUUUAUCGCAUCAGUCCCCAUCAAGGCCUUGAGACGCCGACACUGGCCAGUGAUGCUGGCAUCGACAGCUAUCGUAUGUGUUUUCUGGGGCCUGACACCCACCCAAGCCGGCAUGUUUGUUCCUGCGCUCAUCACCUUCAAUAACACCGCAAAUCCUAUGCGGGUAUCGACCGACUUCAUUCCCCUGGAUAAGCAGCGCACUGAGUCAAUGACGAACCACACAUAUCUAAUAUACGCUAUCAACUGGCUCGGACAACGAGAGCCCCCCUACGUGGGCCUUGGUUUCGCCGUAACCCCAUUCACACCUAAGGACUGGGCCCGUGAGCGGACCGUGGCCGAAAUCUGGACCGCACCAACUACGCAAUUCAGCCUUGAUCUCGCCUGUGAACCAGCGACUAUAACAACACGAUCAGACGUACCAGAUGACCAGAUAGAUCUUCCAGGGAAUUCCUUCUACGAAAGCUGGAACGGGUGCGUGAUAUCUCGUCCGUUCGGGCCGACAGGCAACGAAACCAUAAGUAGCGUAGGUUCCCAGAAUGCUGUCAAACAAUUCUCCGCCUUCUAUACUGGCUUUUCCAGCGAUUCUGACUCUAGCAACCUCACGCUUUCGUCUUACUGCCCAGCAAACGCUUCGCAUACCUUUUUUGUAGCGUUCACAAGGAACAAGCAGUCUGCUACAGAUCCUCCAGAAACGCCGGCUGCCUUGUUCUGCGAGCCCACAUACUAUUCACAAGCGGUUAAUGUUUCAAUCCUGGGAGACUUGUUCGAUCCCCUGUUUCCUCUGCCGCUUGGCCCCAAGCUACCAAUAGAUGGGGCUUUGUUCGAUACUGCUGGUUUUGAGCGUGGAAUAAAUUCCUUGAAGCCUACCGCCAGAUCCGAGAUACCAGGAUCGGCAUGGCCGGAUAUGAGUGAGCGCUUUUCGGCCAUGGAGAUUAGUGCCUCCGCGGGAGGGCUACCACUGCAUCCUAUCUUGGGCAUCAUGCUCGGCUCUUUUGCUGGAGGCUCAGAUCCGUUACCUUCGGUCGAAAACCUCACGGACACAACUACUUUACAACUGGAGAUCGAGAAAGCUUAUCAGCAGCUGUUUGCAAUCACUAUCGGGGAUGUCCUGGCCCAGAACAGUAAUGGAUCUAUAAUCGUGACCGGUAAGCGCACUUACACGCAGAUGGCCGUGGCGCUAGACACAGCCUUCACUCGAAUUGUUCAAGGGCUCCUCGGCCUGACUGUGCUGCUUGCCGCUGGGCUUCUUUUAGUAUCAUGGUCCAUGACUGAAAAGCUGCGUUUCAAUCCGGCUACGAUCGCAGCAACAAUGUCUCUGGUCGCCGAUAACGAACAGUUACUAGCAGAACUACAAGAUUUUGAUGGUUCCACGGCGAAGGAGCUCCAUACGGCAUUCCAGGACAAGAAAUACCAACUAGUACUUGAGGGCGGCCGCAGCCUCCUAAGAGCAAUGCCGGGUUCUAGCGACUUCACACCGAACGACAAUCGCCCGGAGACCGGUUCAAGUCAGCAGGACCAUUCAGACCACGGCUCGUCCGUAGGACUGAUAAAGCGCCCGCAGGGUGUUCGUCCAUCUGAGUUUCGAUUACUCACGACUGGGGCGUUCAUAUUAUUCCAGAUAGUGCUUAUCGUCGGGCUUGCUGUGAUCUAUCUCAAAGCAAAGCCUUUCGGCUUGCCCCGAACGAGAAAAGAGCCUCCGCCCAGGGAAGAGGAUGGCUUUGCGCUCGACGAGACGGACUUCGUAGGCACCCUGCUGUACAGCCUGCUCCCCAUCGCGUUGGCCACAUUCAUUGAACCCCUAUGGGUUGUCCUAAACCGCCAGCUGUGCCUGUUACAGCCCUUUGAGGAUCUACGUCGCGGCAACUCAGCAGCAGCAAAUUCCAUCGGCGUCGAUUACAUGUCUUUGCCCCCACAACUCGUUCUCUGGAGAGCUCUUCGAUCUGGUCACUGGGUCCUUGCACUCGUCUGUGGCAUGUCAGUUCUGGCAAACGUUCUCGCGGUUGCGCUUGGAGGCCUAUUCUACUCUCGCAGCGGCGGUCCUCCGAUCAAUACCAACAUGGUGCAGCAGUACACCCCACGUUUCGCAAGAUUGGGGAACUCUUCCGUUCCUAGUGGCAGUAUCGCUCAGGUUCACAUGGCGAUGACAGCAAAUUUUACUUACGACACGAUCUUGCCCGACUGGACGGACGAUGAAUUUAUCUACGUUCCAUUCCUCCCUGACGACUAUGACAGCACCAAUAUAUCACAUAGUGUAAUGGAAUUUGAAGCGACCACGCGGGCUUUUGGAGCUAGGUUGGAUUGUGUGUCUUUAUCUGCCGGGACCUUCAAUGACUACGAACUCAAGGUCAUACCUGAUCAACAAAAGGAUGGCCUUGCAGCGAACCUCUCCGUCAUUGUCGACCGCGGUGACGGCACUCGGAUCUCUUGCGCUUCCUCAAACAUCCGAAUCAACAACUCUCCAGGGACUGCGGCCGAGUGUCCUCGCGGGGCGGUGGCGAUCGAGCUAGUCAAUACCAUGUCAGCGCUUCCCGAUGCUUCGGAGAGCGAGCGCUCAUUCUGCGAACAGUUCAUUGUCGCUGGAUGGAUCCGCAACACUGGCCCAGAUAUCUGUGCUACAAUGGGGCUCGUCGCACCGGAGGAUGCCACUCUCAUAGGUUGCCGGCCCCGACUGGUGACUGGCACCGCAAGUCUUCGCUCUAUGGACGAUGGGCGCAUCCGCAAGCCGAAAGUUGAAAAUGUCACGUCCGAGGGCAUUGAGCAGUACUUCGCCGACGAGCCUUCAAGGUACAUCACGCGCAUCCAGGGAUUCCUAGAUCAGGGUCGAGCGACCUGGCAUAACGAUUCCUAUUCCUCAGACUUCAUGAACUACCUAAUGAUAAAGGCCAGCAACUCCACUCGUAUGCUCGACCCUACCCUUCCACCGCCGCCCGCUGAAGACGCUGCAGCUUUGUUCAACCAAGUCUACACCAAGCUCUCUGCGCUCUAUCUAGGCACAUACUUGAAGAUGCUGCUCAUCCCGUCGGAAAACCCAAGAGCUGUCACUCUGUCCGGCAUCGCCUUCGACAGCAAAGACCGCAUCUUCGUCUCCAAGCCCAUGUUUAUCAUCGCCGAGACCAUCCUCUGCACCUACGUGAUCGUGACAAUCAUCGUUUAUAUACGCCGUCCGGAACGCUUCUUACCCCGAUUGCCGACGACGAUUGCCUCGGUCAUCGCGACUUUCGCUGCUAGUCACGCUGUGAGAGACUUUACAAGCACGGCGCAUCUCUCAACAAAGGAGCGGGCGGAGUUCAUCGGAGCGUUAGGGACGAAAUAUGGGUAUGGCUCGUUUAUCGGCACGGAUGGGAAGGGGCAUGUAGGGAUUGAGAAGGAGCCGUUGGUGGCGCCACUGAAGCACUCGACAUCUUUGGCUUGGGCGCGGAAAAGGAGGUUUGGGGCAUUUCGUGGUGAGACCUGA